AUGAAAUCGAAAGAUCUCCAUACCAACAUCAUGUUGGACCUCGAGGUCACUUCCCUCCUCUUCAACCCGUGCAUCAUUGAGAUAGGAGCUAUCCAUUUCGACAUCGACACAGGGGUUGAGCUUGGUCGAUUCCAGACGCCUGUUAGUCUCACAUCGUGUCUCGCAGUCAAGCUGGUCAAGGACCAGGACACCAUGACUUGGCUCCAGCGACAUAUUCCUGGUACUCUGGAAACCAGUCGAGAGUCGACGAUUGCGCUGCCAGACGCUCUGAAACAACUGAACAAGUUCAUCGCAAGUUGUGUGGCGACUACGGCGAGGAUAUCCCCCGGUCGCCGCGGGAAUUCCCAUACGAAGAUCUGGGGAAAUGGGGCAGUGGCUGACAAUGUGUGGAUUCGCUCGGCUUACGAGGCUUGUAAGAUAGCAAAGCCGUGGAAUAAUUUUAAUGAUAUGUGUGUCAGGACGCUGGUGAAGUGCUACGGCGAGAUGCUUGGGAGGGAUUUUCCCAAUGAAGUCAAAUUUCAAGGGUCGAAGCAUAGUACUCUUGAUGAUUGUAGACAUCAGAUCCGUUACCUGGUUCGGGCCCGGAGUGCUGUCAUGGCGCUUUUAGGAGAUCCUCCUCGAGCAUCAGGUGCGGACAAGCCAGUGACGCACCCUGCUGAGUUAUUGCGUCCAAUCUACAGUAGCUCCGCUGCUCAAGCGUCUCAUGGUGCGUCCAGCAAAGCCCAGGAGCUCUAUACGGAUGUCUCGUCGAGCAAGGCCCCAAUUAGUGCGUGUCCGCCUUCCAGCUUCGCCGAUGAGGAGCCCAACUUCGGCACAUCCCCUUCAACGAAUUUGGAAAAUGGAUCGAAACGGUACCCGGAAAGUUCUUCUUCUGAUCAAGGAGCAGCAAGUAAGAGAUCGCGAUUCGAACUGGCGGACGAUUCCCUUUCGAAUGCAGACGGGCAGGCAGUAUCUGGAAUCCCACUGCAAAAAUCAUACCGUCAACAGGCUGCUUCUUCGUCUGGCAAAACUUCAACGGCACCAACCAGCCCGAGUCCGUCGUUCUCCGAGGAAGGAAUUCGGGACGACGAGUUGCUUGCUGCGAUCUCCGAGUAUGAAUCAGAGAGUCCAAAUCGCAAGCGGACCGCUCCGCUUUUGACACCAGCUGCGUCUUUCUCCGAAGCUGUUGGAAACGCGGAAGAGACUACGACGAUUUCCGGCGGGCCUAAUGUCGAAGUUGAUUCGAGGCGCACAGCGACAUAG